AUGUGCCAAUAUGGUCUCCCAUUCUUAGCAAAAUGCACCCCAUGUGAUUCAUCAGUUCUAGAGUCGGCCUGCCCCACAAAUGGAAGGUCCGGAAAUUUCAAACAAUUCAACUGCCCACCUGGCUUCUACAAUGAUCUAGCCACUCUGCUGCUUACCACUAAUGAUGAUGCUGUUCGAAACAUAUUCUCAACCAACACCCCUCAAGAAUAUCAACCCAUGUCCCUCCUAAUUUUCUUUGUACUAUAUUGCAUAUUAGGACUAAUUACUUUUGGAAUUGCUGUGCCAUCCGGGCUUUUCCUCCCAAUUAUUCUUAUGGGCUCAGGUUAUGGCCGCCUUCUUGGCAUCUACAUGGGACCUCAUACAAACAUUGACCAAGGGUUGUUUGCAGUACUUGGUGCAGCAUCCCUCAUGGCUGGUUCCAUGAGGAUGACGGUAUCCCUUUGUGUGAUCUUUCUUGAGCUCACAAACAAUCUUCUACUGCUACCAAUAACAAUGAUUGUUCUCCUCAUAGCCAAAACUGUGGGAGACAGUUUCAACCCAAGUAUCUAUGAGAUCAUACUUCACUUGAAAGGCCUUCCUUUCAUGGAUGCAAAUCCCGAGCCAUGGAUGAGAAAUCUAACUGUGGGUGAGCUUGUUGAUGUAAAGCCAUCAGUGGUUACCCUCCGUGGAAUAGAAAAGGUAGCCAAAAUAGUAGAUGUCUUGAAAAACACUGCACAUAAUGGUUUCCCUGUUAUGGAUGAUGGGGUAGUACCGCCAGUAGUAGGACAGGCCAAUGGAGCAACAGAACUGCAUGGAGUAGUACUAAGAGCACAUCUCAUCCAAGCACUAAAGAAAAAGUGGUUCUUCAAAGAAAGAAGGAGAACAGAGGACAGGGAAGUGAGAGAGAAAUUUACCUGGGUAGAGCUGGCUGAGAGAGAAGGAAGUAUUGAAGGGGUGGCUGUGACCAGCGAGGAAAUGGAGAUGUUUGUUGAUCUACACCCUCUUACAAAUACAACCCCCUUUACGGUGCUAGAGAGCAUGUCAGUAGCAAAAGCAAUGAUCCUCUUCAGGCAAGUUGGACUUCGUCAUCUGCUUGUAGUACCCAAGUAUCAAGCAUCUGGGGUUUCCCCAGUAAUUGGGAUCUUGACCAGGCAAGAUCUUCUGGCACACAACAUUCUAGCAGUCUUUCCUCACCUGGCAAAAUCUAAGAGCAGAGAAAAGAGGAAUUGA